GAAAGCAGAAGUGGAGACCAACGGUUGUAUGUGACACGGAGGAGGCAGAACAACACUGAGAAGGAACCUGUCAACUGGGCAGAAAGAUAUUCCAAUCCAUUGGCACAAUAUGGACAGAGGAGAAUACCGAAACCAUUUUGAUAGUGAAGCAUAUGAAAAUAUACCUGCAACGAAGCAGACGAAGAUUCAGAAAGAAACCAGUGAAGGAAGGAGAAGACAGAGGAGACUCCUGAUAGUUCUGGUGACCCUGCUGGUGUUUGUCUUUAUGUUCCUAGUAACCCUGACCAGCCUCAUGUUUAUCUACUAUUCCCGUAUAUUAGAAGCUAUGGACAUUAUGAAGCAUGACAUUUUACAGAUACGAAAAGAGAGUCGUAAGUGUGAUUCUAACUGGAAAGCAUUUGAUGGAAGCUGUUAUUAUAUUGUUACAACUGAGAAGAACUGGACGGAGGCCCAGACCAUUUGUAAAUCAAUGAACAGUGACCUGGUUAUUAUCAACAGUGAGAAGGAACAGAAAUUCCUUGAAAAUAUUACUAAUCAGACAGACUUUUGGAUUGGUCUCCAAAGGUAUAAAGAUGGGUGGAGAUGGGUUGAUGGAACGCUUCUUAAUUCAUCUGAUGGAUUCUGGAUGAAGGGGGAGCCAAAUAAUAAAAAUGAAGCUGAAGACUGUGUUCACAUGUGGAUAGAAAAUAAGUGGAAUGAUGAAAAUUGCACCUUACAGCAGAAAGCAUUCUGUGAGAAAUAAUGACAUGUUGUGUUGAAGACAUGGAUGUCAGCUUUAUGAGCACUUUAUUAGAAGGUCAAUGUCCAGAAAAUCACCUAUAACAUGAAGACGAAUCUAUGGCCCACACAGCUGAGGGUUUAGAGAAGCCAUUUCAGAAUUAAAUUCAGACACUAAACUAAAAACACUUAGAGAAAAGGCUUGUAAAUCAUGUUUUAUGGAAGAUACUGGGGCAAAUUCACCAGGACAACGCUAAUUCACUAAAAUACGAAGUUGCGUCCAGGGCGAUGAACGAUGGAGAAAGUUUCGCUAGCAUUAAUUCGGCAAUCAAAACGAAGUUGCGCAAGAGUUAGCUACUUUGCAUAUGGCAUUUGUUGCAGAAAUACAUUACACUACACAAGCCCAGGGAACCGUAAUAAAUUAAAAUAAAGUUGUUAUAAUGCCCUACACAUGUGCCCAGUGUAUAGUGUAUAUGAUAUAUGUAAGGAAAGUAGGAGGGAAGCCAGGUACCCUAAAAAAAUUACGAUCUUUUGCAGCCUAUCACCCUGAAAAACUGAAAAGUCGCCAGCG